AGUCAGACGAUGGCAAAAAAAUUAUGUUGAUAUUAUUUUGAUACCGAACAAUCUCCACUGUGUCUUCUCCAGUCGUGACAUUGGCGAAGUAAUGUAUUUAAUUGACACAGCGAAAAGCCAUUCAACGAAGAAUUGAUUUUAUUUUGAUAGAUAUAGGGAAUGUAUUUAAAAAUAAAUAUGUUUUCUUUGAUAACCUAGUGCGCAAAUUCUGUCUAAACUAAAUAAAAUUUCAUCAUGUAUUGCAGGCUUAAAAUACGAUGCUUAGCUGGAACUUUAAGCAGAUUCCUAAGCUCUGCAGAGGUGUCUACUGCCUUAAGACCAUUCUAUUUUAGUGUUCACCCAGAUUUAUUUGGAAAAUAUCCAGAACAAAGGAAAGUAAAUGAAAAUUCUUUGCAACAACUAAGUGCUUUAAUAGAGGCACAGCAAUCUAGUCGUAAUGUGGUUCUACCAGUACUUCCAUUUUAUUUAAGACAAAAAGACAUGCCAGAAGGUAAUUUCAAAUUAGUGAAAAUUCAUUUAAAUAGCAAAGAUGUUAGAGAAACUGUAGUCAAAAUUUUAAAUGCUUGCGAUAUAUCAACUAAUUAUGUGGAUAAAAUACCAAGAAGGUCUAAUAUCAAUGACAGGAAAAAAGAUUUAACCAAAGCAUAUGAAGAAUACAAUUCGGAAUUUCAAAAAGCAACAGAAAUGAAAAGGAAAGUUGAUGAGAAGAAGGCAAUUGAUAAUAUCAUACACUGGAUAUAUGAAAAUAGUGACCAUGGCAAAAAAAAGUAUGAAAUGACAAGAGCAACACGAGAGCAAGUGCAAUCAUUAAUAGAACACCUCUGCAAAACAUAUGGUAUAAAAGAAGUUAAAUAUGAGAGUGGUUGGAAUAUAAGUCACAUAAGGGGAGCACUUCAAAGUCUUGCCUCAAUGGCUUCACAGUACUCUAAGUAUAUGGGCAAUUUGAAAGGCCGAACUAUUGUGUUAGGACAAUUUACUGGUGUCAGUUUAGAUGGAGAUGUGUUUUUAAAUAUUAUUGAUGUUAGAAAUGAAUGGCUAUCGCUUAUUAAAAAAGUGAAUCUUGAGGACAGUGCCUUAACAGAGAUUCCGAAUUAUGAAAAAGCUCUUUCUAGUAUACUAAGAGAUAUACACAUUUGUAGAAGAAAGUUCAUGCCCAAAGUAUCUGCAGCACAAUACUGUAGUCACCUUAGACAAUUAAUUACCUCUAUAGGGGAUUUCUAUGGACGCGGAAAGAAAGUUCCAGAAUCUGUACCGGAAUCUCUUAGCAAAUACGAAAUAGUUGUUGAACCAGAAGCAGGCCCUCUAAUGGUUUCGCCAACUGGACAAUUUAUAACGCCAUCUUCCUGUCCCGCUGACGAACUUAUACUAUUUAUUGCUAAUCAUCUCGAUGAAGCCACUCAACUCCUUACUGAAUACAGCAUUAAUAAGCACGUUGAAAAGGCAUUAUUCAAAGAAGUCAAAGAAAGAUUUGGUUUGUUAGAACUUCACAAAGACGACAGUAUAACACCUGGUCUCAUGAUUCUUUGUUGUCAGAGACUUCUAACUCGAAUCGAUAAACUCGAAACGAAAUUACGUGGAUCUAUUCUGUAUGUGACACACUAUUAUUCUGUGCUGUCAGAAGGCGUGCUAUGCAUACCUUGGAAUUUUAAAUAAAAAUUGAAAACUA